GAGCACGAAAUAUGAUCAUAUCAUUGGAGAAAACAUGUGAAAAUUUUCAAUAUUCGUGAAUUAAUACUAACAAAAGCGGGAAUUUCAAAAAUGGAUGCUUUGAAUUGUCAAUUAAAUUUAUUGUUCAUGGACUAAUCGUUGACGUCUUUUUGGAAUUUUUUUUAUAAAUUAUACAAAUCAUGAAUCCAGAAAGACCAUGCAGAACAUGUACAGACUUUAAAACCUGGGCAAAACUCCAAAAAAAAACCUAUGAUUCAGAAAAGAUUGCACAGAAAUAUGAUGAAGAUGGAACUGCGAUAGCUAGUAAUAGAAAACGUUUGGAUUGUCCGUUAGAUAAAGAUGAAUUAGGAUCAGCAACUUGGUCAUUCCUUCAUACAAUGGCAGCUUAUUAUCCUGAUAAACCAACAAGCCAAGAAAGCAUUGAUAUGAAAACAUUUUUCAAUGUAUUUUCUAAAUUUUAUCCUUGUGCUCCUUGUGCAGAAGAUUUGAGACAACAAUUGAAGAAAACUCCACCUCAAACUGAAUCGCAAAAGGAAUUGAGCCAAUGGCUGUGUAAAAUACACAAUGAAGUAAACAAAAAACUUGGAAAAAAACUGUUUGAUUGUAAAUUGGUAGAUCAAAGAUGGAAAGAUGGAUGGUUAGAUGGUUCCUGUGAUUAAUAUAAAUUACAUAUUCAUCCUGGUACUGCUGUUUGCUGAUUUCUGAAAUGUAUUGUAAAUACUGAAGCAGUAUUAGUUCGACGAGGUUCAUAAUAAUGAUCUUGCCCUAUAGCAAUGGGAACCACUUGACAUGUUCGAAUGUGAAAUGGAAAACGUUCGUUGGAAGAUGCUGGUCGUGUAACGUAGAGAAAUAAAGCGUGACCAACAAAAACAAUCCAUAAGGAGCAUCCUUUUACCACGCUUUCUCGUAUCCAUUUGUCUACAGCAAACGUUAUUGCUAGGACCUACAAUUGAUAGUAUACAUAAUAAAAUCAAUAAAACAAUAAUCAGUUUAAAAACAGUGAUUAAUUUAUGCCAAUAAAUAUCUACCGUCAAAGGAUGACAAAGGAACCAUGCUGAUCCUAAUGUUAAUAAUGAUGCAUAAAAAUGAAACUUUGUUGUAGAUUUUUUACUGGUUCUAAAGCAACAAGAACAAAAAACACUCCAAGCAAUAAUUUUAGUAAGUAUCAAAAGAUAUCCAGGUGGUGAUUCAUAAAUAUAAAGUACUAGUCCCGGAUCGAAAACUUCUGCUUGAUAAAUAAAUAGAGAAACUUGCAUGAAAAUACUCAUCGUAAUGAACCAAAAAACACACCACAUCUGUCUAUGUGAGAGAACACUUUUUGUAACUGUAUAUCCUAGUGCUAGAAGAAGCAUUAGAAGAGUAUAUAGAUUUUCUCCAAAAACUUCAAAAAGAUUUCCAAGUAAAGUAAUGGAUGGUGCAUUGUAUCCUGUUAAGCCUCGUUGUAUUAAGCUGUACAUCUCGGAACAGAUGCCAGUUAGUUGACAGAUCAUGGAUCCCAUAAAGAUCUUGUAUGUUACAUGGAGUAAUCUUCUUGAUCGUAAUUGAAGUGCUACAUAUAUACUGAUGCUUAACAGUAUUAUAUAUGCAAUUACUGCAAAUAUUGAUAUUGGUAAUAGUCCUGAAAUAAUUAUUAUUUCUUUGUAUCAUAAAGAGAGAAAUUUUUUAACUGCAAUUUGACAAUAUUUUGUUUUGUUGCAUAAUUACCAAAUUCAUCAGCCGAAAAAUGUUCUCGCCAAAAACUACCUGGUGAACCAUUAGUUAAACUUAUAUAAUAAGUGAUGUUUAGACCAAUUUGCGACGAACAAUCAGCUAAAGCGAUAAACCACCAACGUGGCUUUGCAGAUUGAAACAUUCUGUGACUAGAGCAGUGAAGUUUAGUCCAAGGAUUAUCAAUAAACGUGCAUCCUGAUACUUUCGUCCAAUCACUACUUGCUCGUAAAGGGACAAUUUGACCAUGUUCGGGACUGAGUACAGAUAUUUUUUCCUCGCAUGUCUUAUUUGAUGGAUAAACACUAGGCCACUGUUUUGGACUAUCAUAAUAGAGCAACAAGUUUACUUUUGGAUUAACGUCUGGAGGACUACUUAUCACAAAAUCAAAUUGAAAUUUUCCAUUUUGAGUUAGAAAACAAAAUCUAGUAAGAAAAGCCCAGUUCUAUCAGAAAAUAAAACGUUAAUUACUUCAUUGCAUAAUGAAAUGUGUGCUAAUAACUGCAGAUAGUGAAAAUCAAUAAAUUCUAAGUGAUUAUAUUAAAUAAACAUAUUUUAUUUACUUCAGAAGUAACAAGUUGUCCAUGAAGAUAUUUAGAUUCCACAUGAAUAAACAUGACAAGUAUAAAAAAGUA